AAAAUUAACGCGGCCUCUCUCUCUCUCUCUCUCUCUCUCCAUAACGAAAUUAAAGGAAAACGAUUUUCAUAUUUUGUUGUCCGAGACCAAAAAACAAGGAGUUUAAAAAAAUACUUUAAAGGAUAACGGAUAAAUGGAAGAGAAUCUCAGAGGCAAUGUUCCGUUACCGGAUCAGAAGAAGAAGAACAGUGAGUUGACUCGGUCGAACUCAGACUCCUCUGGUUUAACCCUUGACGACGCGAAUGCAAGACCGCAGGGCACAUCUGCCGUGUGGACAGAUGAGAAGCAUGGGUUAUAUCUUGCCUCAUUAGAAGCGUCAUUUGUUAAUAAUCAAUUGCACCAUUCCAUUCGUUUGCGUGGUUGGUUGGGCGAGAUGGGAGGGAGGCCAUGUUCAUCGCCACACCAGUUCAUGGUUCUUCGAGAUAGUAUUCGGCAGAAGAAAAGGAAUGAGCCAUUGUUGGAAAGUACUGCCGAUUCUCAUUUUGUCAAGGACAUUACUCCGGCGAUGUGUCAUUUGGCGUCUGCAGGAAACCAGUGUAAAGCUGCACACCAUGAUCUUCAAGGGCACAGUGUAUAUUGUGGUGGGGGGGUUCAUGCAAGAGAGAAUGCAACUGGCUUUGGUGGAUUGGCAAGAAGUUCAGAACAACACCCUGUGUGCUGCUUAUGUUAUCAGAAUUAUAUUGGCAGCACAAUAGAAGUCUCAGAUCAGAACUUUGUUGAAGAAGACGAAGGAGAGAUGCUGAGCUGUGUCCACAUGGUGAAAAGAUUGAGGACAUCUGGAGCCGAGGCUUCAAGCAAUGAUCAAGCUGUGCCAUUCACAAGGUCUGAUACGAGAGAUGUUUCAACUGCCAGUCAAUCUUCCUCUGAAAGGGAGGCACAUGUGCAUCAAGAAUUGUUGUCAGAAAACCCCAAUAGCUUUGUCCGCCAAAACUGUCUGCAUUAUUUCUUAAGAGGGAGCUAAGCUUUACAUGGAUUUGAAGUUUUAAAAGGUUACUUUUGAUUCCAAUACCUGAAAACACAGGAGAGAAUGCAAGCUCUUGCCCAUUUGAUGAGUCAUCUUGAGGAAACUGCAGAUAGCAAGAUUUUGAUGGGUAACCUUCUUCUCGCUGAAAAUGAUACCGUCUGAAGAUUUUUGCCAGUAGAAUUCUGUUGGGAUGAUGAUAUUCAUAUCUGCUGUGCGAUAUGCUUGAAUGGGCAGUUCGAAGUUGACUUUACCAAGCUUUUUUAAACUAUAUGUUGCACUUUUAUUUAUUUAUUUGCCCAGUUUUGUACACCGAAUAAAUCCUGAACCUUUUUCUAUAGAAAAUUCUUGAAUAGAGAUGUACACGAUGGAGAAGAUGCUAUAUAUGGCAAAUAUUUUUUAUAUUUGGAGCA